ACGAUCCCGGGUGCAAUAAAUAUUCGGGUAGAUAGAUCCGAGGGAUCGAAGGGAGUCGUUAAUCACGACAAAUCGAAUUGUCGGAUAGAAAGAGGCUCGGAGCGGCUGACCAGUAGCGGCUGGUUCCACUCGGGCAGCGUUAUCGAGCCAGGAGCUUCUUCGACGCGGCGAACGUUUCGAGACUUCCAUAAUGAUGAACCGAAAUCCGUAGCAUGCACGACCGAUAUGUUACUGGCCGCCAUCACGGCGUCUGUUCGCCCAAUAAUUAAACGAGAAGAAUUUCAAAUGAGAAAGGAUUCUUGCAAACAGAUUGGUCAAAGAUGUUUCAGUAGAGACGAUGCAGGAAAGAGAAGAGAAGUUUCGGAGAAGAAGAUAGAAAGGGCGCGUUUCAGCAAGUUCUUUCCGUGUCGGAUUAAAUGUCGUACAAAAGAAAUUGAACUUUUUUCAUGUGCUAGUAGCUCGCGGGGACGAAGCUGCACAAAAGCUUCGAGACAGCUGAGUACUAUUCGAGCACGCGUUUCCUUCCCGGAUCAUCCU